AGGAAUUUAAGGAUUCCCCACUAUAUAACAUAAUUCGUUUUCACGCUGCUGUGUAAAGUUUUCUAUGAAUUUUUAAAUAAUAGUACGUGCUUUCGAGCUGUAUCCAUUUUUUUUUUAAAGUUUAAAAUAAAUAAAUUCGUUAUAUUUACUCCAUAUACUUUUUAGUAUUAACAUUCAUCAACUGGAAGUAAAGGUAAAAAAAAUGUGUUAUGAGUAAAAUUGUGUUCAGAAAUCCGAGGCCUUACGAUUAAUGAUUAUUACUUCUAUUUUGUAUCAAAUUUAUUUUCGAAAUACGGUAUUUUUCAGGAUGACAGUUGACUCGUGGAUAUCCAAUAAAAUAUGGCUAAAGUGCAUUCGUUUUUUUUGUUAUGGGACCAAGAAAUACAUCUUUCUAAAAAUGCAAAUUUGCCUUAUUGGAAAAUAUCAAAAAUGCCGAAAAAAUCUCUUCAAAUUGGGAGAAACGGCCACACAUUUUAAUACAUAUCACUCGGAUGCAUUAAGAUUGGAUUAUAAUAUAUGGUUCUGGAAUUCUAAUAUAACAACAACAAAAUGCAUUGCGGCCGCGUAUUGAUCAAGUAUUUACAAUUGGACAUAUUGGUCAUUUUGGCGACUAUAAAGCUUGGGAAUGCAAAUUAUCAUGGACUACGCAGUCGGGAAAGAAAUUUAAGCAAUAGCAACGGAGUAAAAACUGAAGAAGCAUCACAUAUCGUAAAUCCCGGUGGUGUAAGAACAGUUGGUGAAGUGUUUGUGCCAAAAACCUUUUCACUUAACUCACAGGAACCGACAUGCGAACAGCUUCGCGCCAUGUGGAUUUUUUCAAAGAGGCAAUCUCGAGCUGCAGAAAUAACUAAUGAAAUACCAACAUAUAGGGAUCCCUUUACAUAUAAUGUUUGGGAGCCUCUGUUUUUGAACUCUCGAAUGCUAGGAUCAUUACGGAUGAGCGCACGGGAAAGAGCCAGGUCCCCUGUUUUUGGCCGUGUCCUCAAUCGAGAGCCAAAUGCACCGCAGCGUGUUCCAAUUGAACACCAUCGAAGAUUGGGUGAAUUUGGAUCAAGCGCUUCUAGUUUAAGUCCCUCUCGUUAUUAUGGAGCUGAAAUACGACCACAAACAGCAGCUUCUUCCUCAAUUCGUAGAUCAAGCAAAAAUCGGUAUAUGGGAAUCCCAAAUAUUACUGGAAGUAAUCCAAAAGAAAGUCAAAAUUCAGUUGCUAUUCAAGGCAGCUUUCAAAAGCUUAAAGAGCUAAUUUGGACUGAGAGAGCGAAGGAAUUAACGGAGCAACGUCGAGAUGAGGAGUUGGCAGCGCGUUCUGCUGCCCUUAAAGAAAUUGCUAACGGAAAAAACUUAAUUUCAGAUUAUCACCAUCAAGUCGGUAGCUUAUCGGAUUCUCUAUUAAUGGACGAAAAUCGAAGUCCCGAAGAAAAUAGUUACCGAGAUAGUGACGUAAAUCGGAAGUCAAUUCUAAAUGAGCAAAAUUUUAAAAAUAGUAAAAUGAAUAAAAAUGGCCAUAGAUCAGGUUUUAAAGCAACAACGCGUCGCAUUGGAAAUUCUCCUUACAGUAAUACAGAGUUUCAAACCAAUAAGGAACUUAAAAGCAAAUUUUUUGGAAGUAAUAGAGCUGCCCGCAUUAAAAUGCCAGCAAUUGAGUUUAUAUCAGACGAUUCCACCGAAAGUGAUCCUUCCGUGGUUGGAAUCCCAAGAACGUACCCAAUUCGAAAAUCACACUUCAGAGAGAGAAAUCGAUCUUUUCUAAAUGAGCCGCAAAUAAAUGGUAAUUUUCAUCGCUUUUUGAGGGGAUUACCGACAUGGUCUUCCAAAAUGUCUAUACAAGAAAUAGAAAGCAGCAGCUUAUUACCUAAGGAAAAUUUUUUAGGCAUCCAACUGGAAAACAACGAUCAAUUAAAAGUAUUAAAUGAACAAAAACGAGCAGAUGAAAGAUUCUAUGAAUACGAUAAAUAUUAAAGAGUCGGUGGUACCUACCUAGUCGCUAAAUGUUUCUGGAAUAAAUCAGUCUCAUUAUUUAUUAAUCGUCUAAAUUACAACUAAUUAAAAUUUAAUCUGAACUGUAAAUACAGGCGAAUACUAAAGUAAAUGCCCAACAUACUUUUUUAAUAAUAUAUUUGAAAAUUACUAAUUUCGAGUCAUUUAAAUUGGUUUCCAAUUGGUUGAAAUGAAAAUUAUAUACUUUCUGGAGAAUAAAAUGAAUAUAAUAUGCUUCAAAUAUAAAAGAUACUCUUCACAUAUUGGAAAGUUUUGCCGUCAAGUAUCUUAUUUGUGCCUCCCUAAUUUGCGAUAAACCUUGAACGAAUUUAUUUUAGGUUGACUGUUUCCUGUUAUACUAAAUAGGAAAACUCACUGCACUUUAGAAAUCAAAAUUAUUUUUAUUAUUGUUUAAUAAUAAUUCGGCAAUUAAGCCGAAAAUGAUAAUUACUCGAGCAAACCUUCCGAUACUUAAUAUAAUUCGAAUAAAAAGCCAAAUUGACUGUAUUCAAAAACCAUAAAUAUAUUUUUCGAGAUCAAGCAUAUUUACGAAUCAAGUAAUGUUACGUUUGGAAUUUUCAAAUCAAAAUGCUUCCAAUCGAUAACAAUCAAAUCCAAAUAGCAUAUUUUUGGACUAGUCAGUCAAUAUUUAUUCCGAAUUUCGAAGAACACAUUGAAGAUAGAAAUGAAAAAAGCACUUUCACGGAAGUACCUACAUACCUACCUACAUAAAAAGUUUAUAAAACAAAAGAUUACUUUUCAUUAACUAUAAACAUAUCACGAUCUAUAAAGAAGUGUUUAAUAUAAUAUCUACCUAUGCUCAAGCCGUAUGACAUUUAAAUUCUUGUUCUCGAAAUUUAAACGUAAAGAUGAACUAACAAUCUGAUUAAUGUGCAUGUAUUACACCAUUCAAACCAAGGAAUCACACCGAAUGUUAUCCAGUUCUAAUUCAUUACUACGGGCAUUGCGCGCAAAGCAUAUGGAUGUACAGUACAUACCUUUCAUAUACAUAAAUAAAAUACACCAUUAUUAAGCUCAUGUCAACAAUCGUUAAUAAUAAUGUAGAAUAAAGCUGGCUUAACUCCAGCAUCGAUUACUUGGAAAACAGUGCGGAUAUGAUGCUCAUUGAAAUAUUCAAUCAAACCUUUGAAAUAUUGAAUUUAAUUUGGCUGGUAAAAAUGUGUAGGCAAAAAUUCGUGUAAAAUUUAACAUAUCGAACUAUAAUACUAUUAAUAACUAAACAUGUACUUUAUUGAUGAGACGUUUAAAUCAAAGAACGUAUCUGAGCUAGAUCUGAAUCAUUCUGAAAUCACCUAGUCACAUUAUUUUUAUUUCAAAGAA